UGAAUUCAGCUCUUGUGUCGUCUCAUCUCCCUCGGAAAUCCGACAGUAGCUAAGGAACGUCUCAAUUCAUCUUCGCAAACGUCCAGAUCUCAAAGGAAACGGUCAUCAUGGCGCCAGUAGAAGUCCUCAUGGUUGGUACUGGAGAGUAUACGACGGGAUUCGUAGGAGGAGGCGCAUCCAAGUCGGAUAAGAAGGUUGGAGUUGUAGGACUGACGCUGUUCGACCUCCGAAGACGCGGCAAGGUUGGCAAACUAUCUAUGGUGGGCACAUCGGGCGGCAAAUUCCCCGCAAUCCGCGAGCAUCUCCAAAAGAACAUCUCCGAAGCAUACAACAACUUGGAUGUGUCAUUUGAGGAAUUUCCCAAAGAAGGGAAGACCGACCCGAAUGCGUACAAGGCCGCGAUUGACGCGCUUCCCAAAGGGAGUGCCAUCACCAUCUUCACACCUGACACCACCCACUACCCAAUCGCUUUGUACGCCAUCGAACGCGGAAUUCACGUCCUCAUCACAAAGCCUGCAGUAAAGUUACUAGAGCAUCACCAGGAGCUUUUGGCCGCAGCAAAGAAACACAAUGUCUUCGUCUACAUUGAGCAUCACAAGCGGUACGAUCCCGCUUACGCGGACGCGCGUUUCAGGGCACAGAAGCUGGGCGACUUCAACUACUUUUACUCUUACAUGAGCCAGCCAAAGAGCCAACUGGAAACGUUCAAAGCGUGGGCAGGUAUCGACUCUGACAUCUCUUACUACCUCAAUUCUCACCACAUCGAUAUCAACGAGUCUAUGAUUCCUGAUUGGAAGCCGGUACGCGUCAUGGCUAGUGCCGCUAAAGGUAUUGCGACGGGAUUGGGAUGUGAUCCUGCUACCGAGGACACUAUUACACUACUCACAAACUGGGUGAAGAAAGAUGACCCAAGCAAGGUUGGGACCGGUGUUUACACAGCUGGCUGGGCAGCACCACAAAAGGCUGGUGUACACUCAAAUCAAUAUUUCCACUACAUGGCGUCAACAGGAGAGAUCCGCGUCAACCAGGCAAAGCGCGGCUACGAUGUUACCGACGAUGAGGGUGGCCUCCUUUGGUACAACCCAUUCUACAUGAAGUACGCUCCUGACGAGGAGGGUAAUUUCGCCGGCCAGAUCGGUUACGGGUACAUCUCGUUUGAGAAGUUUGUUGAUGCUGUCAACAAGCUCAACGCAGGCGAGGUCACACUUGACCAGCUAGACGCGCGGCCGCUACCAACUUUGAAGAACACUAUCGCGACAACCGCAAUCCUCGAGGCUGGCAGAAGAUCGCUCGACGAGAACCGACCUAUUGAUAUCAUCGAGGAGAACGGUGUCUGGUCUCUGAAGUAGUUCACUUUCUAACCAAAAGCGAUAUGUCACUGCUCAAUUGGACGCGAAUCCCACAUGCUUUCUAGUUAGUGUCUUGCUUGAAUAUGCCUUGCUUACCUUUACCCUGAGUUACACAGUCAUUGUUUACUCAUCAGCCACGGAUCGCUAGCCUGAUGUGAUCGUCGCAUCCGUGAUGGCGCGGUUCCACGUGGUGACUGACACGCCGUUGCUGGGCUCCACCCCCACAACGCCAGGUUACCAGAUAGUCAUACCCAGAAACAAGGUCGUGACAAGGUCAAGGGUCUCCACAAAGUGGCAUAGGUAAAAACAAGGGCCUUCUGAAAACCGGGAGAUCAUCGGGUGCUCU